ACGCCGUUAGGGGGCGCUGCCGUCGCGGAAAACGCUCUCAGGUGUAAACGCCGACACAAAAGUGCGUUCAGCGUCCAGACGGUAACAGGUGCCCUCCGUCAAAACACAAAAGAUACCAAAUCAUGGAUGUAAUGCAGGAGUUCGAGGUGAAAGAUGACCGGUAGAAAAGUGUAGAGAAGAGUGUGCGAGGCAGAGGUCUAAAAGUUUAAACCCGCAAGGCGCUCCAUGUCAAAAAAGAUCAGGAGAGACCGCAAGCUGCCAAUCAUGAAGAGGAACAAGCAGAUCGACAUCCAGCGAGCUCUCGCUCUGGCCGGCACCUUCAACUUCCUGUGCUCCUGUGCCCGAGCCUGCCUACUCCCCUUCCUCACCCUGUACUUCAGACAGCGGGGUCUGACUCCUGCGAUGACGGGCAUCAUCAUGGGCACCAAGCACCUCGUAGGGCUGGCCUGGAGUCCCGUGGCGAGCAUGCUCUCCAAACACUACAACAAGAGGAGAGUGGUGAUAAACGGCUCUCUCGUGUGUUCGGCAGCAGCGGCUCUGCUUCUGCUGUUCAUCCCGCCUGCAGAUGUGCACGCACAGACCGGCAACUGUAAAAUGUCUGAUCUGAGCAGCAGUCAAAGUCUGGGUCUCAUGAGCAGCGCUGCACCUUCCACAUCAGCUAGAACUCAGCCUAAACUCAACACAGCUCCUGUUUCUCAUACUGCUGUCACUUUCCCUGCAAAGACACUCGCUGAUAAUAAAUCUGCUUCUGUUUUGAUGAACCAAACUUCACUUUAUCAACAUAAUGAACCCCAUCGUCAGUCGUCACAAGAAAAUGUCAGUGCUGCAGAACCAAACAUCAGCAGCUCCAUCGUGCACCACAACAUCAGCUCCUCAGCAGCGAGGAAUAAGAGGUCAGAAGAACAGCAAGGGGGAAAGAUGACUGAGGAAGAGAAAAAAGAGAGCCACUUUGAAUUUCUGGGCAGCCUUAAGAUGAUGGACCCUCAACACCAGCUCUUCUUCCUGAUCCUCAUCAUUGUGUCUGUGUGGGAGUCAGCGGCUGCCCCUCUGGAGUGGACGGCAGACGACGGCCUAUACGAGUAUCUCGACUUCGCGGAUGCUUCGGACCGCUACAGCAGCACCGCUGUGUGGGGUUUGCUUGGAGCGGCGUGCGGAGUUGGAGGAGCGGGUUUGCUGGUGAGCCAGUUAAACUGUCUCGUAGCUGGUCAGUUCCCCAGAAGCGUGGCGCAUUUCUACUGCUACGCUUGUAUGGCAGCUCUGGCUCUGCCUGCGGCCGCAUACCUGCCUCUCUACCUGAAUAAGAAGCGAGACAGGGCCAACGCGCUCCUCAAAGCCGUGCAGCUGGUGCAUGGCUCCCCCCACGCUCUGCUCUGCGCCGCCACCACCCUGCUGGUCGGGGCAGCGGGCUCGGCCGUGGAUAACUUCCUCCUGUGGCAGAUGCAGGAUCAUGGGAGCAGCGAGCUGCACAUGGGGCUGUCUCUCGCCCUCGCUCUGCUCUCACAGGCCACCUUCCCUCUGCUGGCCGGCCGGGUGUCCAAGCUCCUCAGCCCGGGAAGGGUGCUAGUCGUGGGGGUUGCGAGUCUCGGGUUGCAGUGCUUCUAUUACUCCUUCCUAUGGGGGCCGUGGGCCGCCAUGCCCGCUCAGGUGUUGAGCUGUUUCAGCAGCGGAGCCCUCUGGUGGGCUGUGAAGGUCCAGUGUGAGGAAGUGGCCACGCCAGGGGCGGAGAGGAGUGUGAGGAGGGUCUACAGCACAUUUUCUCUAUACCUGGGGAGCGGGCUGGGGAGCUUCGCAGGAGGGUUUGUGGUCCAGAGGUUCGGCCUGCCGUGGCUGUUCAGAGGAGUGGCAGUGGGUGUGAUGCUGUGGUGUCUGUGUCUGCCUCUGCUCCAGUGGAGAGCCCCCCGCAAGUGCAGGAUUAACUAUUCUCGCCUUUUGGCGGCUGAUGCAAGUGAAGCCAGCGACUCUGACUCUGAGCAGGAGAGAGACUGGCUUGAAAAAGCAAUGGAAGACGACAGAAGCAAUAACAAGUAUGGGAGGAGGAUAAACCACUGAACUCCACAGGGAUGGAGGGCAUUUACCUUUACAAAAUCAAAUCAUUGCAUCGUAUAGAAAUAAGAAUUAUGAAUCUCCUGUCACAGACGUGUCUCGGGCUGUCCUCGACUAAAGUCAUUCUUAGUCGACUAACACUCGAUUUGGUCAAUUAUUCGAUGUUGAUUUAAUCGACAGAUCUGUAAAACUGAGUUUCUCCAAGAAGAAUUGUGCAAAAGCAAACCUUUGAGUUGUGUGUUUACCAGAGAUGUGCUCAUAAUGUUCUUGGAAAUAAGUCCUUCAGCAUGAAAGAAGCAUAAAAAGAUGUAUAAUCUAUAGGAAUACACUCAACUCAAUACAAUAUGUUCUGGGUAUACCAUUUGAUUUUAUUUAACAAAAUGAGUCAAGACAAAUUGUCUUAAAUAACAAAAAGACUUAAUUAAAUUUCCCUAAACAAUCAAUCUUCUCACUGGUUUCAUUUUCGGAAUUAUUGAAGCUAAAAUACUGCGACAACUGUCUUUGAGAGUGACAUCAAAAGUAGAUGGCGUCCUUUUUAAAAAGAGUAUCGCGAUUACAUUUUCAUCACACUCAUUUCAAUCUUCACAUAUUUGCAUCGCGAUUUAAGCAUCUGACGAUUUAUCUUUCAUUUCUACUAAUCGACUCAAGAAAUCUCAGUAGACGAAGACAAAACGACUAAUAGAGGGCAGCCCUAGACAUGUCGCUCUUUAUCAACAAAGGUAGCACAGCCCAAAGCAGCUCAUGGACCGACUCUGACUGGUUUAAAUAAAUCAAAUCUAACUGUUGACUUUUUUCCAUCAGAAUGAAAUGUUGUGGUAUCUCAUGCCAUUUUAUAAGUGAUCAUCUGUGCUGAUGGGGAUUCAUCUCUGUGUCACCCGAGCCUCUACAAAUGCACCUUAGCAUCAGCAAUCAUUUUUAUAAACAAACAAAGUAGCAGGAUGACACCAUGUCAGUAGAGACACUGAAGCCUCUUUCUCGCAGUGCAAACACAGACGUGUGCACAAGGUGAGGCACUGGCGUCCUCACCACACCCAGCCUGUUUAUCUACAGCUAAAGUCACCGCUGUCACUCAUUGUGUUUGUGCCUUAUUUAUCUGUGUGAACUCACAACAUGAUUAAACAAGCUGAAAGGUGAUCGCUUCUAAGUUAUGUGUGUUUAACUGCAGUUCAGCAAAUUCAAGUUGAGUUGUAAGAUUCCCGUGUUAUAGGUGUGAACAGUUUCUUCUUGAUCUGAGUCAAAAAAUGUUUGUCCAACCUGUUUUUAGGAGUGAGUUUCCUCUUGUCUAAUGGUCCAUUUGUACCUGUUAGGAAACACUGCAGACAUUUGUUUAAAUGAAGAAAAUCAAAUAUACGUAUGUGUCCUCUUACCUGUAGUGCUGUUUAUCAAUGUAGAUUGUUUUGGUGUGAGUUGCAGAGUGUUGGAGAUAUCAGCUGUACAGAUGUCUGUCUUCUCUCAAUAUAAUGGAACUAGAUGCUCUCGGCUUGUGGAGCUCAAAGUAACAAAAAUACAUUAAAAAAAGUUCAACUGUCUCUUUCUGGAAAUCAUGACCCGGUUAGAGGAAAAAUAUGUGUUUUGUUUUUUUGGGGUGAACUUUAAGUUAGUAAUACUACAUUUUGAUUACUUAUUACGGCAAUUUAAUGCAGUGAGGUAAAAUUGAUGACGAUCUAAAACGCUCCUUUAAUGUAUUUUCUUUUGUCCAGAAAGUUUCUGUGUUGCAUUUGAAAACCUGUUACAGACCUGAUUACUGUGAAGAGUCAACCACUCAUGCUAAAACAAUGAGCCACUUUGUAUAGCAGAAGCAUCGGGUGUGUGAGUCCAGCAUGAGCUCCUCUUGAGUAAUAUUCUUACACUUCACAUGAAGUGCAAUCAGCAGCCAAAAUAAUUGUUUGCUUUGGGUCCAAAUGAUGUAAUUCCAGAGAACUGCCUUCAGACUCAUUGCCCAGCAGUGUGGGAUAAUUGUUACUGUAUUAUUUGAUGUUCUUCUGUCCUGUACACUGAAUGACAAACCCUGCUUGUAUCUGUGUACACACAGCUGAGGAGUGAUUGAAUGAAUAAACCUCCCCGGGUGUGGGACUGAUG